AAUGAGCGGCAAGUUAACUAGUGAGUGGCGCACUCCAAGCCAGAGCGCUCCUUACACUAACAAUAACAAAGAUCCGAUCAGGAUAUGAACCCAAAGGUCGAUGGUCUGUUGUUAUCAAAUGCCACAUCAUUCCAGAUAUAAAAAAUGAUACGCAUUGCAGCAUUAAAUGCAGCAUCGACAGCUGCAGAUGAGUCGCAAGACCCGUUGAGAAGUAAAAAAAGCCGAACAAAAGAGGCGCAGGAAGCUGAGGCUUUUGCUUUGUAUCAUAAAGCUUUAGAUCUGCAAAAACAUGACAAGUUUGAAGCGUCUGCCGAGGCAUAUCAUGAGUUGCUUAAAACGCCACUCCUCAAAGAGGCCAUGCCCUCGGAGGAUCAGAGCCUGGGUCUCAAGCAUCCCGGACUGAUGCUGAAGUAUUCCACAUUUAAAAACUUGGCUACUAUGGCAGCAUCACGAGAUGAUCUGCAAACAGCGAUGGAAUUUUACUUAGAGGCCGUUUUGUUGGAUUCCACUGAUGUGAACAUGUGGUACAAAAUUGGACAAGUGGCUGUACGACUGCUGCGCAUUCCUUUGGCUCGACAUGCCUUUGAGGAGGGAUUACAGUGUAACCCGGACCACUGGCCCUGCCUGGACAAUCUGAUCACUAUUCUCUACACACUUUGUGACUAUACAUGGUGUUUGUACUUCAUCAGUAAAGCCCUUGAAAAAGAUCACUGUUACACAAAAGGCCUGGUGUUGAAGGAGAAAAUCUUUGAGGAACAGGCCAGUCUUAAAAGGGACACGAUGCAAAUGUUCAAGAGAUGUGACAUGUCUGUCCACUACGUAGAAGUGGAGGAGGAGGAACGCAAAUCCAUUGUGGAAGAAGCUCUAGAAUUACGAAAACGCAGACAGGCUCUCUCUCACACAGAACCAACCACUGACCUUGUCUUGGUUAAGCCUAUCCGUUGUCUUUCGUGGAAGCAUGUGGGUGAAAGCCUUAUUGCAAUGUAUAGAUAUCAAACCACGUGCGGGCCGCCACGUCUAAGUCUUGGUCGCAGGAUCGACUUGUCUGCAUACCGUGACCGAAGCUUCCUCCAAAACCUGCCUGAACCGGGCAGUCCGAUCAGCACGGUCCAGACGACAGUGCUGAGCAGCAGUCCCAGCUCAUCUCUGCCACCGACUCUCCUUCCUGAGCCAUCGGCGCUCUCGCAACCUGCCAUCCAAACCCAAAUUGCCAUCGUGGAAAUCCCCGCAGCUGCUCCUUCUGUCGCUAUGGACAUUUCAUUGAUAGACAAGGCAAAGAAAACAACUAAAAGGAAACGUGCAGUAGAAGAUAACGUCGAGACCGCCAAGAGACGUUCAGCACGGGUUCGAAACACUAAAUGCAAAAAGGAAGAGAAGAUUGAUUUUCAGGAAUUACUUUUCAAGUACCUUCCUUCAAGGCUAAGGAAGUUUGACCCAGAUAAUGAAGAUGAAAGUUUGAGUAAUCUUGAGCCACAAUGUGAUGUGAAGGAUGACAUGCAGCCUCUACUUGGGAGCUGCGUUCCAGUUGACGCAGUUGAUUACAUGGAAUCUGAGCAACAGGAUGUUCAUAUCUUCCUUCUCGGAAAUAUGAACAAUGGAGGAAUACUGGACCUGAUGUUGUGCUAUUUAAAAGCAGUGGGUCGGAAGUUCAUGGAGGAGUGGCCUCCAGGUAUGACCGCUGUGGUUCUGGAGGUGUUCCAGGCUUGGCGAAAGCACAGCUGCGGCCUUCCUAACCCUUUGUUUCGAGACUGCCGUAACCAGCACAUCCGGGAAAUGUUGGAAAUGAGCUUGGCAUGUAUGGAAUUACAGUUGGAGCAAUGGUUGCUCAACAAAGGCAAGACUGUGACCACUAGAAGAAGCGUGGAUUCCUGCAAUGACACGGCUGAAAAUGAAUUCCCUGGGCAGCAUUUCCAGGCUGAUGUCUUGCUCCUGGCUUUAGGUUCAUCCCAGAAGGAUCUGUUUGAGGACAAUUGGUUGGAUUUCACAGUGCGUGUCUACUGGCUGAAGGCCAGAUCCCUUGCUCUCCAGGGAGAUAUGGAAUUGGCUCUCGAGAGUUAUGAUGUCUGUACAGGGCUGUUGCAGAGCAAACCCAAGCCCCCUGAAGGGAGAUAUUACACCAUCAAACUGCCUAAUUUAAGCCUAGAUGCAGCAAUCUCUGUUGAUGAGAUUGACAAAAGACUGAAGUCCCUGGAGCGCUGUCAGUCAUUGGAGGAAAUCCAGCAUCUCUUUGAGUCUGCGGACUUUGAAUCGGUCGUGCGCUUGUUGCAGCCUACUCUGAACUAUGGCAGCAGCAGGAGUAAACAUCUGGAGUUUGUUAGCUCAACACCAGAACGUCCUGCUCAGCUUCUGCUGCUGCAGAAUUCACUGUUGAAGCUCCAAGACUACCAGCAAUGUUUAGAGACAAGUGAGAUGGCUCUGAAUGAAGCUUUGCAGCAACUCAACUCUUCCACAAGCAGUUCUUCACCUGUGAAGGAAGAAUGGCUCAGCACCAUUACAAAGCUGUUGGAGGGCAUCGACGUCUGCUUUACCAAAGACUCCGAGCUCCUUAGCAACAUCACCCACUUCUCCAGUAUGGCUCGACUGGCAAACAAUCUUAUUCAGCUGAUCGACCUCAGCAUGACAAUUUCCGACGAUCCCAAAGAACCUUAUUUCUUUUCUGUACUGCCGUGGAUUAUUUUGUAUCACAUCAUCAAACACGAAGAAGCUGCUUUUAAUGCUAUGCUUCAACAACAUAUGUCUGUAGGGGACGAGGAAGAUGACUCAGACACUCCAAUGCUGCCAUCCUCCCUUAUGCUUCUGAACACCGCUCAUGAGUAUCUUGGACGUCGUUCCAUGUGCUGCUGUUCAGAUGGUUCACUACUCAAGUUUUUCGUUGGAGUUUUGGAAAAAGAGUUUGCAACAACUGGUGCUGCCAACAAUAUUAGUCAUCCUUACAAAGAGGAGUUGGAGAUGGCUUUGGAACAGUGCUUCUUCUGCCUCUAUGCCUAUCCUAGUAAGAAGAGCAAGGCCCGCUUCCUUGAAGACCACUCCUCUCCACAGGUUGAGCUGCUGUGGAGAGAUGCCCUUUUCAUGUUCCAGUAUUUCAAACCAAAAUCAAUGCCUGAGUUUGACAGCUACAAAACAAGCACCGUAUCUGCAGAUUUAGCUAAUCUGUUGAGGAGGUUUGCAGGAAUCGCCCCCCCAAGUGAAACUCCCACCCUCACCAUGGAUGAGGUUGCAGCCUACAUUGAGGGCAUGACAACAAAGACCCCAAGCCUUCCUGAGGGUAGUCCUCCAGCCCCUCCAAUCAUUAAUGAGUUAUACUACUUGCUGGCUGAUUAUCACUUCAAGAAUAAGGAGCAGUCCAAAGCCAUAAAGUUUUACAUGCAUGACAUCUGUGUGUGUCCGAACAGGUUUGAUUCCUGGGCGGGAAUGGCCUUAGCUCGGGCCAGUCGUAUUCAGGAGAAACUCAACUCCAAUGAGCUAAAAAGUGAUGUACCCAUAUGGAAACAUUCACAGGCUGUGCUUAACUGCUUUAAGCGGGCCCUGGAGAUAGACCGCUCCAAUCUGUCGCUCUGGAUCGAGUAUGGAACCAUUUCUUAUUCUUUGCACUCCUAUGCUUCACGUCAGCUAAAGCAGUGGCGUGAUGAGCUUCCGUCAGAGGUGGUUAAACAGAUGGAGGAAAGGAGAGAAUCCAUGUUAGAGACGGCAUCUCAGAGUUUCCAGGGAGCUUCCCGUUGUGAGGGGGACAGUGAUGAAGAAGAGUGGCUCAUCCACUACAUGUUGGGCAAGAUAGCCGAGAAACGCAAAGAGACACCUGUGGAAUAUCUGAAGCUUUACAAAAAGGCAGCACACUUUCUGCAUGAAGAGGCUGCCAGGUAUCCUCGUAAAAUCCACUAUCACAAUCCACCUGACCUGGCUAUGGAAGCCCUAGAGUUGCACUUCCGCCUCAGCGCCACCAUCUUAAAGCUCCUGGAGGCUAAUGAACCCAGGCUGGACCAUGAAGUCUUGUUUAGUUUGCUAGUUGAGGCCGCGACAGGGCCAUUUGCCAUAGGGGAAGAGAAGAGUGUACCCAGCAUCCCCAGAUCUAAUGAAAAGGAGAAAUCUACUGUGAUGGAUGAAGACUUUAAUAGUUCUUCGGUAGGCAUAGGCAACAUCCUCGGUUCCUCCCUUCCGUCAGUUGCCACUCCAGGUGUGACAUCCCCUCUCUACGUGGCCACGCCGUUUGACCACGAUUACGCCAAACGCAAAACUCUCCGACGGCAGCAGUGGCAGCAGCAGCGGCAUGAGGAACAGCAGGCUGAUGCCUCAUCAGAGUUUGACCAUGAUUACUGCUUGCCCAGGUCUUCAAUGUGGCUGGCUUCCCUGAAUGAACGGAGUCAGGACAGCGAGGUGGUGAUGCUUUCUGACUCCAACUCCACUCAGGAUGCUUUCACAGAUCCCACCAGCUCGCAAGACAGUAGCCAAAAACCUGCCUGCGGUAAAGUCAGUUCUUCGUCAUCAGAGAGCACAACUCCUGUGAAGGAAGGACAGCCUGCUUCCGAGGACACAGUUGUACGUCCAACUUUAGUGUCACAUGGACAUCAGACUGUGUCCCAGACAGAAGAAAAUCUGGUUGAGGAAAUUGUGGAAAUGGUGGUGGUGACCCUCCCUGAGGCUCCAACUCCCAAAAUCUCUGCAGACCUUUGCCUUCCGCCCGUUCUUGGACCAACCACUCUGCCGAAAGCAGCCUCCUCUCAACAACCUGCUCCUCAAACCCCAGCCAACGAAGGCAAAAGGAAGCCAGAGCCUCCUGCUGAGGUGAUGGAGGUACCCAAGGCCCUGCCUGCAGAACCUGCUGACCAGAAAAAAAUGCUGGUGGAAAUGUGCGUCCGCUCUCUUUUCCUCUGCCUUGGGCGGUUUCCUCAACACUAUAAGAGCCUCUACCGCCUGGCUUUCUUUUACACCAACAGCAAAACCCACCAGAACCUACAGUGGGCCCGAGAUGUGUUGCUAGGAAGCAGUGUCCCAUGGCAACAACAGAAGCACAUGCCUGCACAAGGACUCUUCUGUGAAAGAAACAAGACAAACCUGUUCAAUCUCCAUCUUUAUAAACGGCAGGGCAUCUGGCGUAUUCCAGUAGAUGAGAUUGAUCGCCCAGGAAGUUUUGCAUCUCAUAUGAACCGAUCCAUUGUCCUCUUGCUGGAGGUGCUAUCACAGCUUAAAGAUCACGACACCUUGCUGAAAGUGUCUUUCAUGCUGCAGAGAACCCCUGAUCAGGGAAAAAAAUAUUUACGUGAUGUUGAUCGCCAGGUUUUGGCCAAGAGAGCUUUUUUCCUCAAUGUAAAAGUCCUGGAGGACAAUCUGAACCGUCUCAGUGGGGUGCAGCUUCCCAAAGCAGCGACCCCCUCCAUGGGGGAGAUGACCACGACGGCCGCAUCCAGCAGGCCAAGUUCAGAGGACAGCAAAAAUGCGCUGCCCAAGAAGCCGGUGCUCACAGAGGGGACUUGUACCACUGAUGCAGGACGUAAGGAAGCCUCCCUACCACAAAUUCCUCCACCAGCUGCGGAUAAAAGUGGCCAAGUCGAGAAUCAACCUGGAAAGGUGGAACCUGCUGGGAGUGAGUGCUACAGAACAGGGCCAGAGGAGCCAAUGGAUUUGGAAUCUGGCUAUUGGAGGAGACCAUCAUCAACCACAGAUACUCAAGACAGGGAAACAGAGGCACAGAUCUCUCUGGGUGUAAUAGAGCCCCAGCAAAAAGUGACUGACAACAGCCGGACAUCAGAGCUGUCUCUGGAGGAGCUGAGUAUUAGCUCCAGGCAGCUGCAGCUCCAGUCUUUGGCCGGCAAGGUCACUUUGGCAGCUAGCAGCACCGAUCAAGGUUUACCACGAAGACCCAGCAGAAAAAGGAAACUUUUAGAGGAUGUUGAGUCGGGAAAAACCCUACUACUUGAUGCAUACAGAGUGUGGCAACAAGGCCAGAAAGUUAUGACCUAUGACCUUGGUCGCAUUGAAAAGAUCAUGUCGGAGACAUACAUGCUCAUAAAACAGGUUGAUGAGGAUGUGGCUCUGGACCAGGCCGUGAAGUUUUGCCAGAUACAGUUGGCUACUUCUGCUCAACGACAGCCCACGUGCGACGCUCCUACCACGCCUAAAUACAAGGAGCACAGAGAUCUCUUCUUCCCUGCCGCUCUGACAACGCCGGUUCUGCUCAGCCACGCCACGUGUCACCCAUUGUCCAACCAGGAAGGUCAAGCCAAAGUGAUGUUUGAGCCCCUGAGCAAGUUACCCAGACCUCAAACGUCGGGAUUCCAUGAUCAGCAACCACAGAGAAGAAUGGCAUGCCACCCUGCAGCAGCAGCAGCUCUGUCCUUCCUACAACACACAGAAGAGCGUGAGGAGCCCACAGAGGGACUCUUGUACCGACAACAGGAAUCGCACCUCUGUCAACAGAUGAAACUGGCCACUGUGUCCCAAGCACGGGAAGCAGCAGCAGCGGCCGGUUGGUUCCGUGAGGAGACGGCCACAUGUAGCAGCAGCAGCACGCAGCAGUGUCCAGACCAGCAGAACUAUGCCAGCAGUGAUCUGUCAAAGCUUCCAGACCCCGGUCGAAUCCGCUCCCGCAUCCCGCCUAACAUGCCAAAGCUCUUCAUCCCCUCAGCUGUCACCAAGUUCCCCCCAGAAAUCACAGUGACACCCCCCACACCCACGCUUCUCUCUCCCAAAGGCAGCAUUUCUGAGGAAACCAAACAAAGACUCAAGAACGUCAUCCUGUCGUCGCAGUCUGCCGCCACGGUCAAGAAGGACACUCUCAGCCAGCCUUCCCUGGAGGUGCAGGAGACGUCUAGCCAGGAGUCGUCGUUUGAGAGCGAGUCGGACGAGGAGGACGAUUACAUGGACAUCUGAGCAUCACCAGGUCGCCUGUGUGGAAACCCCUUUGAGCAUUUAUUCCAUAUCCGUCAAAUCGAACUUAAGGUCCAUGUACCAGCAUUGUCCUCACUAGUUGGACAAUUCAGCGCUGUUUUAUACCGCAAUUAAACCUAAACAUAUUGCAAUGUGUUACAACUCAAAACCCCAUUGUUGGCGUGAGGAGCUUUUGUCAUUCAGUUGGAGUGCCAGUAACAUGUAUCAUAUUGACAGCAGAAACUAACGUAGAUGUUUUCAAACCUUUUAUACUACCUAAAAUAAUACUGAGUCCUAAGAGUAUAAAAAUCAGUUGUAAAAAGCUAAAACCGACUGAACUGUACUUGGCCAGUGAUUUGCUCGAGUGAUUCCAAAUUUCAGAAUCACUCAAAUACAGUCGUACACAGUUUUGCUUCACAAGCUUUACCAAAGGUGCCAUACUAGUGAUUGUACUGAAACGUGGAACUUCAAUGUCACAUCAAAGAUCAGGAGUACAUAAUUACAUAACGGACUUGUACAUGGACCUUAAGGUGAAUGUCAAGGAUAUCUAAGAAAUCCUCAACCAGCUUUCCUGUUUGAGCAGACCGCUCUCUGCUGGUGUGACUCUUAUCAAGCCCUGCGCCACUGUCACAUACUUGCAGCUUCAGUCUUGAUUUCUGUAAUUGUUCCACCUUGCCCAUCAACCUCCAAUUGAGAAAUGCAGUAUUCUAGUUGGCUAUGACAGUGUUGCCCAGUUUGUUUGAAUCACCACAGCUUUAGUCUCAGCAGUCUGAAACAUGCCGUCUAUGCAUAUCACGGCGGCACGCCCAAGCCGACUGUCACCCUUUUAUGCAUCAUCACGGUCUGCACCUUCGUCCACCUCUUGGGAUAAGGACCAAUGCCCGUUGUGAUGUAUUUCAAUGGAACACAACACAGGUGACAGAAGGACAGUUACCGGACGCCGCCGAAACUUGUAGCACAUGGGAAAUGUUUACAUUCAACAUUUUGUUCAGUAGAGCGCUCACGUGUGCUGCUUUUGUACUCGCCGUGUUCCUUGCAACACGAUGUUUUUUUUUUUUCUUUUUCGGGAGUACAUUAGUAGCCGUGAGGUUCUCACCAGGGAGACGCCCGUCACCAGCACUGAUGUAAAUGAUGUUGAAAGAGGACAAUUUGUACAUAUCGUAAUCCAAAUACCUUUGGCAGCCGUAGUGGUGUGUGCGUGUGCGUGCGUGUGUGUGUGCGUGCGUGCGUUGGGAGGUGAGACUGGCUUUCCAAACCCUUCACUAAAUUUACUAGAAUUCAACAUGCAUGCUGAAACGGUGUCUCUAAAUUUCGACGCCUUUUCAUUGGUCAAUUUGUCGUGUUACUCAGUGGAAGACAACAGAAUGUUUUUUUACUAUUUGUUUUCUAUCAAACUAAGGGUAUUUACCGGGUUGUUUUGUUUUCUGGAAAAAAAUAAUGAAACUGUAAAUGAAAACCUGUACAUGAUUAACCUUGUCAAAACCCCUUUUUUUUUUUUUUUUUAACUGUUAUUUCUUUACAUGGUUGUUGCAAUGAGGCGUGAGAUACAGUAUAUUUUUAUUUUUUCUGUUGCGCAAAUGUAUCAGCUGAGAGGCGAAUUGUCUGGCCUCAGUCCACUAUGGAACUCUAACCAAAAAUAUAUUUUAAAAAUUUCUAAACUAUAGGCUAUUCAAAUACAUCCAUAUGUCAUAGUACAUGGAGCAAUGCAGCAGGUAGGACAGUGUUUAUAUCUUUGGUGAGUUUGAGGCCUGCGGAAGUGUUGGGAAGACCAACGCCGAGCGCCAGUGACGCAUGCUGACGUGUGACAUCAUUGUCAACCAGUAUAAUCUGUCAUAUGAAAUCUACAUGACAUCUUACUGCAUGUCUAAGCACUUCCUUUCUAUCUUACCAUUUUGCACAUGUAAAAUCAAAUCUUCCAUUCCACUGUCAUAAAAUGAUUGCUACUGCUUGGCUCAAGGUACAGCUUAACUCCUACUUUAUGUAUUUGGCCUCAUCUUCAUUGGGAGAUUUUUACACUCAAACACUUGAAUAGGUUACGUUAUUUAAACCUGACAGUAUGAAUCAAGCAUUUGAAGGCAUGUUCAAUAAAAGAUAAAGCCUCAACAACAAA